AUGAACUCCAAGAUCGCCGUUUUCCUAGCCGCCGCCGCUGUUGCCUCUGCUCAAUCCGAGACCCAAAUUGCUCAAUUGAACGUUGUCUUGAACGAUGUCAAGGGUAACUUGAACGAAUACAUGAACUUGUUGAAGGACCCAAGCUCUGGUAUCACCAUGGCCAACAUGCCAAACGGUAUCUUCCAACUUGGUGCUGCUUUGGCCACCGCCACUGACAAGUCUUACACCUCCAUGUACGGUGACAUUGACUUCGCUGGUAUUUCCGCUUUCAUGCCAAAGUUGCCAUGGUACUCUUCCAGAUUGGAGCCAGCUCUAGAAGCUGCUAACGCUCCAUUGGGCGGUGCUGCCACCACCACCUCUGCUAAGGAGACCACUUCCGCCAAGGAGACCACCACUUCCGCUGAGGCCACCACCACCUCUGCUAAGGAGACCACUUCUGCCAAGGAGACCUCCUCUGCCAAGACAACCACCACCUCCGCUGCUGCCUCUUCUUCCGCCAAGGCUUCUUCUUCCGCUGCCAAGGCCUCCACCUCCGCUGCUGCUUCCAAGGCCACCACCCAAGCCGUCUCUCAAAUCACUGACGGUCAAAUCCAACAGACUGCUUCUGUCCACCAACAGACUGCUAACGGUGCUGCCAAGGCCGUUGCUGGUAUGGGUGCCGGUGCUCUAGCCGCCGCUGCUUUGUUGUUAUAA